CGCUCCCUUUCCGGCCUGCAGGCUGCCUGGCUGGGCGCGCGGGGGAGAGGCCGCGCUGAGGGGAGCGCGCCGCCGCCAUCAUGCCGGUCUACUUCCAGCGCCCCGAGAACGCCCUGAAGCGGGCCAAUGAAUUCCUUGAGGUUGGCAAGAAACAACCUGCCCUUGAUGUUCUUUAUGAUGUUAUGAAAAGUAAAAAACAUCGAACAUGGCAAAAAAUCCACGAGCCGAUUAUGCUGAAGUACCUGGAGCUCUGUGUGGACCUCCGCAAGAGCCACCUGGCAAAGGAAGGAUUGUACCAGUACAAGAAUAUUUGCCAGCAGGUGAACAUCAAAUCUUUGGAGGAUGUUGUUCGAGCCUAUUUGAAAUUAGCUGAAGAGAAAACUGAAGCUGCAAAGGAAGAAUCCCAGCAGAUGGUGCUUGAUAUUGAAGACCUGGAUAAUAUUCAGACUCCAGAGAGUGUUCUCUUAAGUGCUGUAAGUGGGGAAGACACUCAAGAUCGUACUGAUCGACUGCUUUUGACACCUUGGGUUAAAUUUCUGUGGGAAUCAUACAGGCAGUGUUUGGACCUUCUUCGAAACAAUUCUAGAGUGGAACGCCUCUACCAUGAUAUUGCACAACAAGCUUUUAAGUUCUGCUUGCAGUACACUCGUAAGGCUGAGUUCCGUAAACUAUGCGAUAACCUGAGAAUGCAUCUAGGGCAGAUCCAACGCCAUCAUAACCAAAGUACAGCAAUCAACCUCAAUAAUCCAGAGAGCCAGUCUAUGCACCUGGAGACGAGGCUGGUACAACUGGACAGUGCUAUUAGCAUGGAACUAUGGCAGGAAGCUUUCAAGGCAGUGGAGGAUAUUCAUGGGCUCUUCUCUCUGUCUAAGAAACCACCCAAACCCCAGUUAAUGGCAAACUACUAUCACAAAGUUUCAACUGUUUUCUGGAAAUCUGGAAAUGCUCUCUUCCAUGCAUCCACGCUUCAUCGACUUUAUCAUUUAUCAAGAGAAAUGAGAAAGAAUCUCACGCAAGAGGAGAUGCAAAGGAUGUCUACCCGAGUCCUUCUAGCCACGCUGUCAAUCCCUAUAACUCCUGAGCGAACAGAUAUUGCUCGUCUUCUGGAUAUGGACGGCAUUAUUGUUGAAAAACAGCGACGUCUGGCAACGCUGCUGGGCCUCCAGGCCCCACCUACACGUGUCAGUCUUAUUAAUGAUAUGGUGAGGUUCAAUGUGGUGCAGUAUGUAGUUCCAGAAGUGAAGGAACUUUACAAUUGGCUUGAAGUAGAAUUCCACCCCCUAAAGCUUUGUACCCGUGUAACGAAGGUCCUGAACUGGGUGAAAGAUCAAGCUGAAAAGGAACCUGAACUGCAGCUUUAUGUCCCACAUCUGCAAAACAACACCAUUCUUCGACUCCUGCAGCAGGUGGCCCAGAUUUAUCAAACCAUCGAUUUUUCUCGUCUGGCUACCCUUGUUCCCUUUGUUGAUGCUUUCCAGCUGGAACGUGCUAUUGUAGAUGCAGCCAGACACUGUGACUUGCAAGUUCGCCUUGAUCAUACCUCUCGAAAAUUGAGCUUUGGAUCAGAUUUGAACUAUUCUACUCGAGAAGAUGCUCCACUUGGUCCUCAGCUGCAAAGCAUGCCUUCUGAGCAAAUUAGAAAUCAGCUGACUGCUAUGUCUUCUGCUCUUGCUAAGGCUCUUGAAGUUAUUAAACCCCCUCACUUGUUGCAAGAGAAGGAGGAGCAACAUCAGAUGGCUGUUAAUGCUUACUUAAAAAAUUCAAGGAAAGAACAUCAACGUAUCCUUGCUCGUCGUCAAACUAUAGAAGAGAGAAAGGAACGUCUUGAAAGUCUAAACAUUCAGCGUGAAAAAGAAGAGUUGGAGCAACGUGAAGCUGAACUACAAAAAGUUCGUAAAGCUGAGGAAGAAAGGCUGCGCCAGGAGGCAAAGGAGAGAGAAAAGGAGCGUAUUCUGCAGGAGCAUGAACAAAUCAAAAAGAAAACUGUUCGCGAAAGGUUGGAACAGAUCAAGAAGACUGAACUGGGAGCCAAGGCAUUCAAAGAUAUUGAUAUUGAAGAUCUUGAAGAAUUGGACCCUGACUUCAUUAUGGCUAAACAGGUUGAACAGCUGGAGAAGGAAAAGAAAGAACUCCAAGAACGUCUGAAGAAUCAGGAGAAGAAGAUUGACUAUUUUGAAAGAGCAAAACGCUUAGAAGAAAUUCCUCUAAUAAAGAGUGCCUAUGAAGAACAAAGGGUUCAUGAUAUGGAGCUGUGGGAGCAGCAGGAAGAAGAAAGGAUCACCACUCUGCAGCUGGAACGUGAGAAAGCCCUUGAGCAUAAGAACAGACUAUCAAGGAUGCUGGAAGAUAGAGACUUAUUUGUAGAUAGGCUCAAGACAGCACGGCGAUCAAUUUAUGAGGAAAAAUUGAAACAGUUCCAAGACAGGUUAGCAGAAGAAAGGCAUUCUCGUUUGGAGGAACGCAAAAAACAGCGCAAAGAGGAGCGGCGGAUUGCCUAUUACAGAGAAAAAGAGGAGGAAGAGGAGAGACUGCGAGAGGAGCAGAUGCUUAAAGAGCGUGAAGAGAAGGAACGUGUUGAACGUGAGAAACGUGAGCAAGAACAGCGUGAAUACCAGGAACGGGUCAGAAAACUAGAAGAAGUGGAGAGGAAAAAACGUCAAAGAGAACUGGAGAUUGAAGAGAGAGAGCGUCGCAGAGAGGAGGAGAGAAGGGGUCUUGAUGAUCCAUUUUCAAGAAAGGAGUCAUCUCGCUGGGCAGACAGAGAUGGUGAAAGCUGCUGGAGAAGAGGACCACCAGAAAGGGACUGGCGUCGGGGAGAAGCACGAGAUGAUGAAAGGCCCUUCCGACGCGGAGAUGAACCAAUUAGACGUGGGGGUGCUGAUGAAAAUGAACAUCCUCCCUCAGAAACAACUGAUGAGAUGGGCCCCAGGCGUGAAGUGGAUGAGGACAGGGGCCCCAGGCGUGAAGUGGAUGAGGACAGGGGCCCCAGGCGUGAAGUGGAUGAGGACAGGGGCCCCAGGCGUGAAGUGGAUGAGGACAGGGGCCCCAGGCGUGAAGUGGAUGAGGACAGAGGACCCAGGCGUGAAGUGGAUGAGGACAGGGGCCCCAGGCGGGGCUUGGAUGAGGACAGGGGCCCCAGGCGGGGCUUGGAUGAGGACAGGGGCCCCAGGCGUGAAGUAGAUGAGGACAGGGGCCCCAGGCGGGGCUUGGAUGAGGACAGGGGCCCCAGGCGGGGCUUGGAUGAGGACAGGGGGAGCUGGCGGGCUACAGAUGAGGAUAGGGGCCCCAGGCGCGGCCUGGAUGAGGAUAGGGGCCCCAGGCGCGGCCUGGAUGAGGAUAGGGGCCCCAGGCGCGGCCUGGAUGAGGAUAGGGGCCCCAGGCGCAGCCUGGAUGAGGAUAGGGGCCCCAGGCGCGGCCUGGAUGAGGAUAGGGGCCCCAGGCGCGGCCUGGAUGAGGAUAGGGGCCCCAGGCGCGGCCUGGAUGAGGAUAGGGGCCCCAGGCGCGGCCUGGAUGAGGAUAGGGGUCCCAGGCGCGGCCUGGAUGAGGAUAGGGGUCCCAGGCGCGGCCUGGAUGAAGACCGGGGCAAUUGGAGGGCUGCAGAUGAGGACAGGGGCCCUAGGCGUGGCCUGGAUGAGGACAGGGGCCCUAGGCGUGGCCUGGAUGAGGACAGGGGCAGUUGGAGGGCUGCAGAUGAGGACAGGGGCCCUAGGCGUGGCCUGGAUGAGGACAGGGGCCCUAGGCGUGGCCUGGAUGAGGACAGGGGCCCUAGGCGUGGCCUGGAUGAGGACAGGGGCCCUAGGCGUGGCCUGGAUGAGGACAGGGGCCCUAGGCGUGGCCUGGAUGAAGACAGGGGCCCUAGGCGUGGCCUGGAUGAAGACAGGGGCCCUAGGCGUGGCCUGGAUGAGGACAGGGGCAGUUGGAGGGCUGCAGAUGAGGACCGAGGUCCCAGGCGUGGGCUGGACGAGGACCGAGGUCCCAGGCGUGGGCUGGACGAGGACCGAGGUCCCAGGCGUGGGCUGGACGAGGACAGAAUAUUGAGACGAGAUGAAGACAGAGGGCCCUGGCGUAGUUCAGAUGAGGACCGACUCUCGAGACGUGAUGACGACAGGGGUCCAUGGCGUGGAGGGGAUGAUGACAGAGGUCCCAGACGUGGCGAUGACUCAAGACCUGGUCCUUGGAGACCAUUUGGUAAACCAGGUGGGUGGAGAGAACGAGAAAAGGCUCGUGAAGACAGUUGGGGACCCCCAAGAGACUCCAGACCCUCAGCAGACCGAGAAUGGGAUAGAGAUAAAGAUCGUGAUGAAAAUGAAAGGGACCGUGAUUUUGACAAAGAUCGUGACUUUGAUCGGGAUGAUCGUUUCCGACGCCCUAGGGAAGAAGCUGUUUGGAGGCGAGGACCAGCUGAGGAAACUUCCAGCUGGCGAGACUCAUCUCGACGAGAUGAGUGGGACAGAGGUGGUCGUGAUCUUAGAGAUCGGCGUAUUGAUGACAGGGACAGAAGAGGACCUCCACUCAGAGUAGAACGGGAAGAACCCAACUCAUGGCGGCGUGGUGAUGACAGGAGAGAAGAGCGUGGCGAAGAACGUGAAGCUGUGCGGCGACCUGCUCCUGCUUCUGCUUUGUCGCCUGCUCCUACUCCAUCUCAUGCUCCUCCUGCCCCUGCCCGUGCUGUUUCUCCUUCUUCUGCCCCUGCCCCUGACUCUGCCCCUGGCCCUGUCCCUCCCUCUGUUUCCAAGGAGGGAGAAAGAGAUGGAGAGAAAGAGAAGGCUGCCUGGAAAACAGAAAAAGAGAAAGAAUCCCUUCGUCGCAUUAAAAAUGAGACAGAUGAAGAUGGAUGGACCACUGUACGGCGUUAAGUCAAAAACAAAAUGCAGUUUAAACAGGCAUUUUAGCAUUGAUUUGGUGAAAUCCACAGAUUAUAUUUGUGCUUAUAAACAUUCUGAAUUGGAGUUCUUUAACCAAUAUUUUGAGGUAACCUGAAAGCAUGAGCCUGUAUUACUUACUUGUAUUUAGAUUGAUCAUGCACAAAACUCACAGCAGAAGGUUGGGAAUUGGAUGCCAGGUUCUGAAAUUUCAAAUGUUGCUGAUUUCACAGAUUGUUACUAAAUAAAAAUGUGAACCCUGUGGUUAACUUGGGUAAUACCUGUAUCUCAGACCAAAAAAACCCAGGCCUUUUAAUUUUUAAAUGAAUAUUUUUUCUUUAUUGGAAAUGAGGUAUGAUUCUCACAGAACAUGCAUUUGAAAACAAAUCUCUGUUCACAUCAUGGUGGCAUUAUUGAAAAGGCAGAGCUGGAUCCAUUUCCAUAAUUGGCCAAAUUGGUUAAAAACCUGUCCCCCUAUUUAGGUAUUUUUGAAGGCAGGAAGUUUUUGUGAGAGGUAUUUUAUCAUUAUCUAAAUUCAGUAAGUUGUUUAAAUUUGAAUGAAUUACAAUAAACAUUAUGACCAUUAGCUACACUGGGUUAUUUUCUGUAGAUUUUACUUGAAUACGUAUGCCUCUAAAGCCAUUUUGCAGUCUUUGUUCUAAUACUGAAUACUGCUGCAGUGUAAAACAACAAAACAUAAGGCUUUUGGAAUUCAAGCAUUUUGGUAAACAUACGGCUAUAUAUUUUCUGUUGCCAAUAGCAUAACUGCUUUCCAUACUGGAUAAUUCAUGACUUUCAAGCAUCUAUAAAUAUUGUCAUAUUUAAAAUGUGUGAUUUUUGGAGGAAUUGUUCAGAUUCUCCAGUCCCCCCCCCUUCUCCCCUCCCCAAUUCUUUGUCUUCAGGGUAAAUGCUUUUUCUCUCAACAAGUGCUUUGUGGUAAUGGCUGCGUUGACUUCAAUUUUGGGGUGCAGUAACAAUGUCAUUGAUUAAGUAGCGGGGAUUUUUGAAGCCAGCACAGAACUUACUGCUGUGUGUUUCUUCUUCAAUGAUAAAUAAACAACUUAUGAAAUUA